AUGCGUUACCCUUACCCACCAAAUUUCUUCCCAUCCACACAUGGCAUUGGCAAUCGAGUCUUCCCACAACCCACCACCACCCCCGCCACACCAACCACCACCACCACCACCACAGCUUCAAAGCGUAUUUCUCCUUGCGUACAUGGCAUGGUAGUAGUAGUAGUAGUAGUAGUAGUAGUAACAAUCAGUAUGAGCCUUAUAAUGUUGAUGGUUUAUUUGGAUUCAAGAAGCUAUUCACCAAAGUUUCAGGUGACUUGGAUCUCAGCCUCUCCAUUCGACAUCUCCAAAUCUUCUUCUUCUUCUUCACUAACUGCUCCUUGGAACAUCAACUUCAUCGUUGAAAACCCUAAUGAUGAAGCUAGUAUCCUUUACGAAAGAGUCGAUGCUUCAGUUCUCUACCACGGCGUUUCUCUCGCAUCAACAUCAAUGCUUCCUUUUUAUCAAAAUGAGAGAGAGAAGACGAUUGUGGAGGCGAGUUUGGAUGCCAUGUCGGAGUUUAUAGAUGAGUCUAUGGCGGAGGAGAUUGGUGUAGAUUGGAUAUAUGGAAGACUGAAGUUCAGUGUGAUUGUGGAUGGUACAGUUAGGGUUAAUAUAAGGAACAGUGAAGGAGAAAGGCAACAUAUGAGGGUGUCUUGCCAGGAUGUUGAGGUUGGUGCUUCAACAGACUGCAAGGUCCAUCUUGCCUCCUUCCAAUACUGA